CCCCUGUUGAGAGAGAGCAAGAUAGAUUGAUCGAUCGCCGCCGCAUUCCUGCAGCGUCCUCCCCCUUCCCGUGUUUCCCCCUCACACACCCCCUCUCCUGAUGAUGCGUGCCUCUUCUAUUCUGUCCAAGAACAGCGCCCUGGCUGUUCGCCAUGCCAAGAUGGGCGACCAGAUCAGCGGCCUUGUUGUCCCGAUCUUCGAGGGCUUUUCCUACAGCGGCAACCUGCUCGAGUCCAUCGACAAGUUCACCAACGGCGCCUUCAAGUCCCAGCUCGAGGCCACCGGUCACACUGGCAAGGCCAACCAUGUGAGCAUCCUCUAUGGUCUGGACAAGACCCUGCCCCGCGUGGCGGUCGUCGGUCUGGGCAAGCCCUUCCCCGAGGCGGCCUGCGGCACCACCGAGGCCCAGAAGUCCUGCGACUCCCUGCGCAAGGCCUCUGCCCUCGCGGCGCGGAGCCUCCGUGACAGCGGUGCCGACCAUGUGGUGUUCGGCUCCGUCCGUGGCUCGGCCGACUUCCAGCCCCUGGCCGAGGGUGCCGCCCUGGGUCUUUACAAGUUCGACCACUACAAGUCCCAGAAGCCCGAGGAUGCCGACAAGAAGAAGGAGGUCGAGGCCAUUGGUCUGCUCUAUGAGGGCUCCCUCAACCAGGAGUGUGCCUCCUCCUUCGAGCGUGGCACCAUCUACGCGCGCUACCAGAACAUGGCCCGCGACCUGAUGAACAUCCCGGCCAAUGACAUGACCCCCACCAUCUUCGGCCAGGAGGCCCAGCGCCUGCUGACUGCCGACGGGCUCAAGGUGACUGUGCGUGACCGCAAGUGGAUCGAGGAGCAGAAGAUGGGCUCCUUCCUGUCGGUGACCAACGGCACCGACCAGCCUCCGGCCUUUGUGGAGGUCGAGUACAAGACCGCCGAGCGCCCCGAGGGCCCGGUUGUCCUGGUCGGCAAGGGUGUCACCUUCGACUCGGGUGGUAUCUCCAUCAAGCCGUCCUCCGGCAUGGGCAUGAUGAAGGGCGACAUGGGUGGCGCGUCGGUGGUCCUGUCGACCAUCGCCGGCCUGGCGCAGCUCGGCGUCAAGACCCACGUCGUGGGUCUGAUCCCCCUGUGCGAGAACAUGCCCAGCGGUCGUGCCACCAAGCCCGGUGAUGUGGUGGUCGCUCGCAGUGGCACCACCAUCGAGGUGGACAACACCGAUGCCGAGGGUCGCCUGAUCCUUUGCGACGCCCUGGACUACGCCAAGACCUUCAAGCCGUCGAUGAUCAUGAACUUCGCCACCCUGACCGGUGCCAUGGAUGUGGCCCUCGGGUUCGGCUGCACCGGUGUCUUCUGCAAGAAUGACGACCUGUGGCAGCGCAUCGACAAGCAUGGCCGUGCUACGCAGGAUCUCCUGUGGCGUAUGCCCAUUCUGGACGACUACCGCGAGGCGGUCAAGGCCUCGGUGGCGGAUCUGAUCAACUCCACCGCCACCCGGUCGGCUGGGUCCUGCACUGCGGCCGCCUUCCUGGAGGCUUUCGUCGAUGAGGACAUGCCCUGGGCUCACUUCGACAUUGCUGGUGUCAUGCACUCGGGCAAGACCGCCGGCUACCAUGUUGCCGGGAUGACCGGUCGCCCGGUCCGCCCGCUGAUCGACAUGAUCGCGGCCAUGGAGAAGAAGUAAGCUCCACCAAGCGCGACUUCUCCUGUGUGUGCUGCGCGCGAGCGGGCAGGUGUCGGCUGGGUGUCUCGCGGGCGGCGGGAGAGGCCACGCACAUGCGUGUGUAUGUGCGCGUCUCCAUGCAAAGCCGGAACAUCCGUCCCCGCCUCCUUGUGUGUGUAUGAGCCCCGUGAUGUUUGACCCUUCGCGCCCCGAUUUUGAGGGACGAGGAGGAGGCGAGCGGCGAGCGGCCAGGGGGAGGAGAGAGGGGAGGGCAAAGAUAUGGCCCGAUGCGGGGAUGCGCGUGGCAAAAUGGGAGGGUGCUUGUUGUUGCUUUCUUAUAACAAGCGUCUGUCCUUUUUUUUCCAGAUGCACAUGCAUUCGGGCAACUUUGCCUCUUCCCCUUCCCCCCCUCCUCCCCGCUCCGCGCCCAGCCUUCACUCUAUGCCCUCAAGUCGAGGUGGAGGGGGGCAUUCUUCUGGAGGUCGCCGCUGGAUUGCCCCUCGUUUCGCCCUGCUGUGAGAAUAUACAACUCGAAAAGCACGAUA